AUGUCCCCGUCUCCGCCCGCCCUUGUGUGUCUCGGGCUAUGCCUGGGGCAGGCGAUUCGAGCCCAGCACGGCCUGCUCCCCAAGCCCUCCCUGCAGGCCCUGCCCAGCUCGCUCGUGCCCCUGGAGAAGCCGGUGACCCUGCGCUGCCAGGGGCCCCCGGGCGUGGACUUGUACCGGCUGGAGAGGCUGCGGCCCAGGAAGUACGAGGACCAGGCGGUGCUGUUCAUCCCGGCCAUGAGGCAGGACCUGGCCGGCCAGUACCGCUGCUCCUACCAGAACGGGAGCCGCUGGUCGGCCUCCAGCGAGCUGCUGGACCUGGUGGCCACCGGGGUUUAUGAGAAGCCCUCGCUCUCCGCCCAGCCCGGCCCGGCGGUGUCCCCGGGAGGCGACGUGACUCUGCAGUGUCACAGCAAAUACAGCUUCGACCAGUACGCCCUGUACAAGAAGGGGGACAGCCGGCCCUACCAGGGCCCCGAGAGGUGGUACCGGGCUCAGUUCCCCAUCAUCACGGUGACGGCCGCGCACAGCGGGACCUACCAGUGCUACAGCUUCUCCAGCCGGUCCCCGUACCUGUGGUCGGCCCCCAGCGACCCCCUGGAGCUCGUGGUCACAGGGGUCACGGCGGCACCCAGGCGGCUUCGCACAGACGCGCCCACAGACGCGCCCACAGACACGCCCACAGAGGUGCCCACAGACGCGCCCACAGAGGCGCCCACAGACGCGCCCACAGAGGUGCCCACAGAGGUGCCCACAGACGCGCCCACAGACGCGCCCACAGACGCACCCACCUCUGCAACAGGUCUCGCCCGUCAGUCCCACGUGAAGGGCAACCUGGUCCAGAUAUGCCUCGGGGCUGUGAUCCUCCUCCUCCUGGUGGGGAUCCUGGUGGAAGACUGGCACAGCCGCAAGACGUGCCCCCCGGGCCGGGGCCGAGCUGCCCACAGGCCGCUCCCGGCCGGUCUUAUCUUUUGA